AUGGCCGGUUACCAGUCUGAAAAGGUCAGUUACCAGUCUGAAAAGGUCAGUUACCAGUCUGAAAAGGUCAGUUACCAGUCUGAAAAGGUCAGUUACCAGUCUGAAAAGGUCAGUUACCAGUCUGAAAAGGUCAGUUACCAGUCUGAGAAGGUCAGUUACCAGUCUGAGAAGGUCAGUUACCAGUCUGAGAAGGUCAGUUACCAGUCUGAGAAGGUCAGUUACCAGUCUGGAAAGGUCAGUUACCAGUCUGAAAAGGUCAGUUACCAGUCUGAAAUGGCCGGUUACCAGUCUGAAAAGGUCAGUUACCAGUCUGAAAAGGUCAGUUACCAGUCUGAAGAGGUCAGUUACCAGUCUGAAAUGGCCGGUUACCAGUCUGAAAAGGUCAGUUACCAGUCUGAAAAGGUCAGUUACCAGUCUGAAGAGGUCAGUUACCAGUCUGAAAAGGCAGGUGUAAGCAAUAUGGAAGUCAUUGCUCACCCCAGAAAGGUCUACUUCCUAUGUUGA